CUAUAACCUGAACAGGCGUUGGAAGGGUUAAGGCGAGCUCUUCUCCCGCCCCCAGCUGCCCAAACCCUCCGUAUCCAAAAGCAAACCAGCGCAUGAGGCUCCCCGGAUACCCCCCAGGUCCUCACAGGAGCAGGCUGUGGCCCCUCUCACUGGUUUUGUGACAUGAGCUCUUUUUUACGACUGGCCACCAUAACGCUACCAUUUGGACUCCUGUUUACAAGGGUCAUGGCUUGGACUUCUAGUGGGAAAACGCACACUGAUCUCAUCAACAACCUCCGAAAAAAUGGAGUGAUCCGAUCUCAGCGUGUACAUGAUGUUCUGAUGACCACAGAUCGAGCCCUUUAUGUUGGAAAUUUCCCUUAUAUGGAUUCCCCCCAGAGUAUAGGGUUCAAGGCUACGAUCAGUGCCCCCCACAUGCAUGCACAUGCACUGGAGUUGUUGGAAGAUAAGCUGCAAGAAGGAGCCAAGGCUUUGGAUGUCGGCUCGGGCAGUGGAUACCUCACUGCCUGCUUUGCUAGAAUGGUAGGUCUCACCGGGAAGGUUGUGGGCAUAGAUCACAUUGAAAAACUGGUCCUCGAUUCUGUUCACAAUGUCCAGCAAGAUGAUCCUGAACUGCUGAGCACUGGACGUGUAAAGUUUGUAGUCGGUGACGGCAGGCUUGGGUAUCCUGAGGAAGGCCCUUAUGAUGCAAUCCAUGUUGGGGCAGCAGCUGCAACAGUGCCACAGGAACUGCUGAAUCAGUUAAAGCCAGGAGGAAGACUGAUCCUACCUGUGGGACCGGAAGGUGGAAGUCAGGUUCUUGAGCAGUACGAUAAAGAUAGCGCUGGGAUUAUCACAAAAGUUCGCUUAAUGGGUGUGAUGUAUGUUCCACUGACCGACAAAAAAAGGCAGUGGCCAAAGGAUGAUCUGUGAAACGCGUCUGGUUCAGCAGGAGACAACACGGUGCAGAACAGUUGGUUACCCAAGAUGGUUUCCAUGAUGAUGCUGAGAUGUACGUCAGGAGGCAGCUUUGUUGAGGAUAAGAAUGGUGUUGGGCUAUAAAUUUACCAUAUUGGCUUUAGUCAAAGCUUUAUGAAUGCUUACCAAUAUUUAUAUAUGGAUGCCACGAGGAUAGGUAGUAACAUGGGAUUAGGAGGCCGUAUGUAACUGAAUAUAGCUUCCUGGCCUCCGCGCUGCUGUUACAGGGGGAGGGAGCUGACAACGGCUGUAGUUAAAGAUGUUGUCACUUUUUUUUUUUUUGCACCUUUAGGUAGUUUUUUAUCCAUUUGGCUGUGACUCAUGCCAGAAUUUUAUGCAUCCAGACCGUCCUGGCUGCUUCUCCCACAGUCGCAUUUAAACCACCUUCAGCCAAAUGUGUGGCUGGAACUUCCCUUUAACAAAUUGUCCUACACAAUCCUAACCAAAUCAUGGUGUACUGUGCAUGUGUGUGUUUCUUGUCUACUUAUUGUAUUUUUAAUUUACCAGUAAAUAGGAUCAAAAUGUAGUUCUGACCAGUUUCAUAAACUAUGUACAUACAGAGCACCAGCUUCCCUUCACAUAACCAUGGAGGUAUGUGAUGAAAUUCUAUGUACCUGCCAUCGCCCCGUGAGCAGCUUGUGGAUACAGAUGUUAUACUGCUCAGUUACUUGGUAAGAUCCACAUGGUGACAUCUGGGGGCCGAGAGACGUUUAGUGUUUAAAGGGUCAUUAACUGUUCACAAAAUGUUUCAUAUGUCAUAGAGACCUGUGAAAAGUUGUGUUCUGAGGGCCGGGACCUUCACCAAUCCUUAGACGAUAGAAAUGCUUGCAUAUCCCUCUCUUUCUCCUCGCUGCGGAGGAUGGAAUCCAGAUGUCCCUAUAGACUUCUCCCUGCAGCGAGGAGCGAGAACGUGAUAUACUCGCUCUUCUCUCCUCUCAUUCUAGAGCUCAGUGGGGGUCACGGCCGCCCCCCACCAAUCACAACAUUUCAUAGGUCUCUCUGACUAGGGAUGAGCGAAGCAAGCUUCGGAUCCUAGAUCCAAAGUUGCUUUGCUCAAAACUUUUUGGAUUAAUGCUCUAUGGAGAUCCGUCUCCGUACAGCAUUAAAAUGUACGGCCUCCGAUGAGGCGAAGUCUUGUAAGACUAAGAUGAAUAACUUUGGUAUUUGAUUUUUAAACUGCAAAACUAUAUUAACACUUGGAUCAGUUCCGUUUGGUACCUCGAAGCUGAGUUCAGAUCCAAGUUUUAAAAUGGUUUUGCAGU